CAGUGCAAGUAUUCUGCUAUUUUGAUUUUAGUGUUGCGUGUUCGUCCGCAACAAACAAAAAACAACACAACGAAGAGUUAUUUAAUUGGCGUGUGUAUUAAAAACAAACAAGUGAGUGCAAUAGCGACUAUGGUGAUUUAUCCCAGUGAAGUACAUGCUCCAGUGGACGGAGUCAGCGCUGUCAGUGCGAGGAUUUGACGGGUCCAGCGAUUAAGUCAAGCUACGCGGCGUAUCGGCUACUGGGUGGCGAUUGCGAAGCCUGGCGUGUGCACGAUUGGGAAACAAACGCUAAAAAAAAAAAAAAAAAAAAAAAUCCGCGAGGCGAGGUAGCAAUACCAAAAAAACGCGAGUUUGACAGAGAUAAUACACACCGAGACACUUGGCGGGGAAAGCUCGCACGGAUGUCAAGGACGAGAUGACGAAUCGAAACGAGCAGCAGAGACAGCAGGAGCUGCGCUCGAUCCACAACCGGGACAGCUCGUUCGUCAAGUUCUUCAACACGAGUCCGCACGACGUCGAGAUAUACUGGAUCGAUUACAAUGGCAAGCCGGUGUUCUACCAGACCCUCGGCCACCAGGACUACAUAGACAUCAACACCUUCGUCACCCAUCCGUGGAUCUUUGUCGAGAAGGAGACCAAAGAUAGAUACUUGGCGAACGGCAGCAGUGUCUACUUUCCGAGGUCGUGGCGCGAGAAUUACCGAGGCAGGCCCUUGAACGUGUCGGAGCUGCCGGCGCGGGUGGAGCGCGUGGUGGUCCGGAUCUCGCUGCCGAUGCACACGCUGCGCGACAUUUGCCUCAGAGCCAUAAAGCGGCGCAUAAAGGACGACCGGAGCGUCUACGAUCUCGAGUUGCCGCGUACACUACAGUUCGAGCUGUACUACCUGCGGCCGCGGAAAACCGGACUCACUCGCAGACAGAUGCAGGAGAUGCUCGACGAGGCUCGAGGGACCGGGAGCGCAAACGGGGAGGAGGGUAGGAACAAUUAGUCAGGUUUUUUUUUUU